UUGGUGCUGAGAUCGAUGAAGUGGCUGGCAGAGCGAAGAAGAGGAGGAAGAGGAGGAGGAAGAUCUCGGCAGAUAAUGAAAGAAAAAGCACCGCGGAGCUGCUAAGACCAACGCGGGCGAACGCGGAGCAAAAUUACGAGUGGGGGAAGAAGAAAACGAAGGAUUAAAGGCAUAUGUAUCUUUUUUGGGGGGGUGGAGAACACAAAAAGCUUGACGGAGGUUUUCGGACCGUGCGUGUGCACGUCGCUCAAUGCAGGAGAUGCUCAGCAGAAGUCGCGGACGCGCGCUGAAGGCACAAAAGGACGCUUGAAGAGGGUCUUCCUGUGGGUGACGUGGGAGUGCCAGGAAGUAUUUAACGGCGCUCACAUCAUUAAUUAGCCGCCGCAAAUCAAUACAUUCCCACUCAUCGAUAAAUCCAUCCGGGAUGGACGGGAGUCUGGGAGAGAUGUCGCUGCACGGCCACACCGAGCUUCACUCGCGGGACCUCUCGGCCGCCUUCCCCCGGCCCCCCUUGGGCGCCGCCGGGCCUCCUCUGGAAGCCGAGCCGCGGGCGCCUCCGCCGACCUUCGAGCACUCCAUGUCGGCGCUGGGCUACAGCGGCGACUCCCCGUCGGCGUCGGGGAGCACCUACACCACCCUGACCCCCUUGCAGCCCUUCGACGACAAGUUCCACCACCAUCAUCAUCAUCACCACCCCUGUCUCCCCGUCAGCAACGUCAUCGGGAGUUUCACGCUGAUGCGCGAGGAUCGCGGCGGCGGCGGCGGCCUCCCAGCCAACUUCUACAACCCUUACGCCAAAGAUCUCGCCAUGACGCCGCCCUCCUCGGGUUUGGGCUCCAUGCACGGCUACGGGAGUCCCAACAGCGGGGGCGGAGGCGGCGGACAGAUGCUCCACGGCGGUUACGACGUCCACGGCGGGAGCCUCUUCUGCAGGACCUCGGACUUUGGGCGGGAGAUGUCGCCCCCGGGAUUGGGCGCCGGCGACAUGGCCAUGGGGCACCAGCUGAACAAAAUGGACGGAGCGGCCCACCACCCUCACAUCUACAGCCAGCACUACCAGGCCCACCACCAUCACCACCACCACCACCCCGGCCAGCAGGCCGCCAAGAUCGUGGACCACCUGCAUUCCCUCUCAUCUUCCCAGGGGGACGGCGACCUGGGUGGCAGCUCCCCAGGGGGCGGGGGCGGCGGCGAGGAGAUCAACACCCGAGACGUGGCGCAGAGGAUCAUCACGGAGCUGAAGCGCUACAGCAUCCCGCAGGCCAUCUUUGCCGAGCGGGUCCUGUGCCGCUCGCAAGGGACGCUCUCGGACCUCUUGAGGAACCCCAAACCCUGGGCCAAGCUCAAGUCCGGACGCGAGACCUUCAAGAGGAUGUCCCGGUGGCUGCAGGAGCCCGAGUUCCAGAGAAUGGCCUCGCUUCGGCUGGAGGCUUGCAAGAGGAAGGAGCAAGAGCAGAGUAAGCUGGAGCGGAACCAGGGGCCCAAGCGUACUCGGCUGGUGUUCACCGACCUCCAACGCCGCACGCUGCUGGCCAUCUUCCGGGAGAACCACCGGCCUACCAAGGACUUGCAGGUGACCAUUUCGCAGCAGCUGGGCUUGGAGCUCUCCACCGUCAGCAACUUCUUCAUGAACGCACGCCGCCGCAACCUCAGCAAGUGGAGCGACGAGGGCCGCCCGUCCUCCACCGGGUCCUCGGGAUCCAGCGCCUCGUCCUCGGCCGUGUCCUGCAGUACGGCCUGAUGGCGGCGGCGGCGGCGAGGGGACACGAGGCCGAGUCUGAGCAGUGAUCGGCCGGCGUGAAAUGUCCUCGUGGAGGCGCGGAAGCAGCCGUGAUCCACCAUUUCAAACCAAAGCGUGGGGCGGGUGCCCUGGAGUGGAGAUAGAGGGCGCCGCAGUCAUACGAGCACGGAGCGGGUUGUCUGGCUCGUACAGUGGUACCUUAACUUUCCAGUCAACUAAACUCAGCUAUUGUUUCAUUUUUUUUA